AGUGUGAGCUGCUGGGCCCCUUUGCCAUCCUCAUACAAAUCACCCUCGGCGCAUUAGCCCUUUCUUCUCUUCUAUACAAGCGGCACCUUGAGUCGCCGCGCCGACCAUUCAAAGUAUGGGGCUUCGAUGUCAGCAAGCAGUACGGACACUUUUCUACAAGGUACCUUGCUAUGCUAAUCUCUUCAAUAGACUCUUUGGUGCAGUGGUUGUGCAUUUUGUCAAUAUUGCCAUGUCCAAUCUUGCUCGGGAUGUAGGUGGAUCGAAAGAGUCACCGUGCACAUGGUACUUUCUCAAUAUCCUCGUUGAUACGACCAUUGGCGUGGCGAUACUGUGGUAUGCACUACGGACGCUCGAUGCGCUCUGCGUGCUUCUGGGAGUCGAGGGACUCAAUAUCUCGUACUGGCUGAAACAGGCAUGUGUCUACACGAUUGGCCUGCUGCUGAUGAAGUUUGCCGUGUUUCUCAUUCUGCACGUCGUUCCCCAGCUUGGCGGCAUUGGUUCUUUCCUGCUACGAUGGACGGAAUACAGCGAGAGGCUGCGGAUUGUGGUGGUCAUGGCUGUGUUUCCGCUGAUUAUGAAUGUGAUUCAGUAUAUUAUUAUCGACAAUAUUGUCAAGGCCCCGAGCAAGCACACUGGCCGUGAUGAGUCGUCUCGCCUUGUGCAGGAUGGGCAGGAUGUAUAGAAGGCCU